UUGAGUGAUAGCAGUCACAGUUGAAUUUGAUUACUCUUCAAUCACAACACUAACAAAAAAAAAAUCAAUUAAAAUGAAAUCAUUCGCAUUUGUUGUCAUCGCUGUUGUAUGCGCUACUCUUGUUGCAGCCCAAAAUGACGAAUUGGACAAAUCCAUGGACCACUGUUUGGAAGUAUUAAAUCUGAUGGAGGUCGAAACUCUCAGUGAUGAACAAAAAUACUGCUUUUAUGGCUGUAUGCUUCAAGAAUUUUAUUUGAUUGACGAAGAUGGAAAAUUUCUAACAAAUGGAACUCAGAGUUUUAUUCGCGAACUUUCAACUGCAGUUGAACCUGAAUAUCUAGCCAAAUAUCCAAAUCUUGAAAAAGAUUUGACUAAAUUGGAGCCAGAACUUAAAAAUGCCACCAAUGCAUGCACUGCAGGCAAAAUUGUCGGCAAAGCCGUUGCUGGUGUGUUCGAAACAGUCAGCGAGUAGUAUUAUCUAAGAUUGAUUAUCUAAGAGAAAACUAUCAACAUUUUCGGACAUGGCCAAACCGAAAAUUUAUAUUAAUUGAAGUGUUACAAAAUUGCAUUUUCGAUAUUUAUUUUUAUAUUUACAACAACGAAUAAAUCUUCAAUUGCACAAAAAAAAU